GCCCUCCACACACACACCUCCUCAUGCAUACCCUGGUGAUGGUGAUGGUGGCGGUGGUCGCUGCCAGUCUGGAUGAUCCUCCUCAAAGUCGGUCUGGCUAUUUCAUCCCACAACCGAUAACUCACUUCGAAGUCCAUAACCAGCCUGCCCCAAAAUCUGUCCCGAGUUCUAUCCCAAUAUCUACCCCAAAAUCUGCCCAAAGUCCUGUCCCGGAUUUUGGUCUUCACACCAACUUAAACCAUGGACUCAACUUUACCCCACGAAUUGUACCAGACUUUGCCCUGCUCCCUGGUCCAGAACCUGAACCUACCCCUGCCCUAAAUACGGCCCCACGCCUUACUGUGCGCCAUGCUUCGAGUCCCACCCAACGCCUGGCUCCAAGUCCUGCCCCUCGCCUCGCCCUACGACCUGUCUCCCUGCCACGCUUUGCCACACCACCUUCUCAACUUCUCAGGCGCCCCAACCUCUCCCCACGCCUUAGAUUACGACCUACUUUCACCUCUCGUAGGCGCACCUACUCUAGACAAAAGCCUACUAAACCCAUUUAUUCCGAUCCUAAGCCCAUUUACUCUCACCCUAAACCCACUUAUUCUCACCCCAAACCCAUUUAUUCUCACUCCAAACCCAAUUAUUCCGACCCUAAACCCACUUAUUCCAAACCCACUUACUCACACCCCAAACCCACUCAUUUCGACCCCGAACCCACUUCCACGAGACCUAAUGAAGUCGUACCCAUAUUGGUCGACGAUCGGGUCCAGCCAUCAGCGGGGUCCUACAGCUUCAGAUCAGAGACAAGUGACGGUGUGAGGCGGCAGGAGAGCGGGAAGGCUGUAGGCGGUGUUGAGGGACCUGUAAACACCGUCUCCGGGUCAUACUCCUACAUCCUCCCCGACGGCCAGGUGUUUGAGCUGACGUACGUGGCUGACGAAAAUGGUUUCCAACCCCAGUCCUCCUCCCUGCCCUUAGCUCCCGCCUUCCCUCACCCCAUCCCCGCCCAUGCCCUCCACCAGAUCCAGCGAGGACGCCGCCUGCAUGAAGCUCGUGCCCGGAGAGACCAGCAGCUCCGUCAGGCAUCGUCCCACACCUACACUACACCCACAGCCUCCCCUCCCUGGUCACCUUGACUCAACAAGAUUAAGUCUAGCUAUAUUCUGAGUAACUAUUAUGCCGCUGUUAUUAAAGGCUGGUGAAAAAUAUAUGGAAAAUUAAUUAUGCUUUCAUGUCUUUUGUUUUUUAAUAAGGUUCAGUACUUACGUGUUCUAGACCAGUCACAACGUUCCCUAAGCAUUAUUGUUAUUAAAAUGUGAUAGAAA